GAUGAUGAUGAUGAUGACCUCCACUGAGAAAAUGAAGAAGAAACCCGUGAAGGACAGCAUGACCCUGCUGCCAUGUUUUUACUUUGUGGAGCUGCCCAUUGUGGCUUCUUCCAUGGUGUCUCUCUACUUCCUGGAGCUGACAGACUUCGUACAGCCGGCUCAGGUCGGCUUUCGUUGCCAUGACCGUGACCUCAGUAUGCCCUACGUGGAUGGAGGAGAUGAGUUCAUCCCCCUGCUGAUGCUCCUGAGCCUCGCCUUUGCCGGACCUGCUGCCUCGAUCAUGCUGGUUGAGGGUUUGAUCUACUGCAUGCAGUCCAGACUCAAGCUUCGUCGAAAUGAAGGAAGCAUCAAUGCAGGCGGCUGCAACUUCAACUCCUUUCUGCGCAGGACUGUCCGCUUUGUAGGUGUGCAUGUGUUUGGACUGUGUGCCACAGCCCUGGUGACGGACAUCAUUCAGCUCGCCACGGGUUACCACGCCCCGUUCUUCCUCACAGUCUGCAAACCAAACUACACUCUGGCCGGUGUCUCCUGUGACAAAAACCUGUACAUAACCAAAGACAUCUGCUCCGGACACGACCAGCACGCCAUCAUGGCCGCCAGGAAAACCUUCCCUUCCCAGCAUGCAACUCUGUCUGCUUUCGCUGCCGUCUACGUGUCUAUGUAUUUUAAUUCGACCAUCUCUGACAGCACCAAGCUGUUGAAGCCUGUGCUGGUCUUCUUGUUUGCCAUUGCAGCGGCAUUGACAGGUUUGACGCAGAUCACACAGUAUCGCAGCCACCCCAUCGACGUCUAUGUGGGGUUCCUCAUCGGAGCGUUCAUCGCUGCAUACUUGGCGUUUCACGCUGUGGCUAACUUCAAGUCUGUCAGUGAUCCAGCUCCGGUUCCAUCCCCUUCACCCCUGAAGGAAGAUCCACUGCGAGCGCUCACCGAGCGAGGCCACGAGUCCGUCUACAACAAGGGUCCGGCUUCAGCUUCAGAAAGCAAUGACGAAAUUGCAGCAGCUCCGUCUCCAUCUUUGAACCAGCUGGAGGAACUGGGCGGUGCCCUGAAGAGGGAGAAGGUCUCCAUGGGGAGCCUGAAGAGGGCCAGUGUGGACGUGGAGCUGUUGGCACCUCGUAGCCCAAUGGGAAAGGAGACCAUGCUGACCUUCAGCAACACGGUGCCACGAGCUAGCAUGAAUAUAAACGGGGGGCUUGGCACCGGUGAGGACACAGAGGAUCUCAUCCAGCCUGUUCAACCAGUCCAGGCCACCCAACCUGCCCAGCGGCGUUUGAAGGCUGUCCAGAUUCCCAUGGAUCCUGUGUGCUCUCAGCAGCUGGUGUCAGAGUGGAAACAGAAGUCCAUGGAAAUGAGAGCACUAAAUGUUCGGGACGACUCAGAGCGGGAUGCCAGCGAGGACGGCUCUGAAGUUGGAUCUGUUGGAACAGAAGACGGAGUGUCUCAUGUCCCAAUAUACACAGCUGGUGUGCAGUCAGGGAGGAUAGUUGCUAAUCACAAUCCCUCUCCACCCCCAGGAGGUGCCAGAGCAGUGGCAACUCCACGACCGCCACAGAUCCCUGAAGCAGGUCCUCCACCAGUUUCUCCAAAAAGUGCACUGACACGUGCAAAGUGGUUGGCCAUUCGAGAGAAGGUGAGUGGAGACGAGUCCGUCCGCGGUGGUGUCAACCAGCCACGGCUUAUGCAGGUCAUCGCCAUGUCCAAGCAGCAAGGCUUAUUGCCGACUUCACCCUCAUGCGACGUGUCCAAGUCCUCUGAGACCACCUCGGCUGGCUCCUCUGCUGCUAACUCUCCACACUACUUCCCCAAACAGCAGCAGGAUGGGUUGGGUUUCUGCACCGUAGGUGUCUAUGCUCCCCAUCAUCUUCUCCAGCAUUCAGCCCUUCCUCAAACAUCACAACUUGCUAAAAAUGGUAACCCACGGGAGUGGGCAGGAAUUGACCAGAGAGAGACCUACGACCUCAACAGCAUCAACCAAGGAGAUCCGGCAGCACGAAACAGCAGCUUUCGCCUGCAGCGAUCUGCUUCACCUUGUUCCUCCACCAACCUGGAGGUCAUCCCAAAUGCUGUUCAUCCCCAGCAGGCAAUCUCAGGAGAUGGACAACGCAGGGAAAUGGCCAUGAGACGUAAGACAGCCCUGGAUCGAGAGAUUCGUAACCAGACUGAGCAGGAGAACUACUACAAGAGUUUGCAAGGACGAAGGUUUAAGGAUUAGUAUCUCAGUAGGUGAAGACUGAAGCCAGACUUUGAGUCUCAUUACAAACAGGAUGUGGUCACGUUUCUUUGCAUCUCAUUGACUUCUUGAGCUGAAGAAAAUGUUUCCAUGUGACCAAGAAAAACACUCGACAGGAAGGACAAAUCUCAGAGAAAAGUCCUGAUGUUUGUCUUCACAAAAGACCUUCAGAAACAAAUUGGUUCCUAAAUUUCUAAAUUGGCUCCUCCCACAUACUGAACUCAGCAAAGUUCUGGAAUGUUCUGUGAUGUACUCUGAUGUUGGUGUUCAAACUGCGUGUGAUCCUUUCACCUC